AUGUAAAAUCGUUAAGAAUUACAAUCAAACCCUAUUUUUCAAUCUGUAUGCAAAUAACUCAACUUUUAACCUGAUUAAUUAGAACCAUAAGGUUUUGAACAAUUCUACUUAGCAAAUAAAAAUAAAUACAAUAUGGAUUAAGAAGGUAUUAUAUUCAAAUAUUAUUAUAGCUUGGCUUAUUUUAUGGGAAGGAUAAGAAGAUAAAAAAUAAAACAAUUUAAAUUAAGUACUUAAAAUUGUUUAAGAAUAAGAAACUAAAGCAGAAGAAGAAAAAAAAAAAUCAUAUGCACAUUUAUUAAUUUAGUUAAGUUAGAGUUAAUCAACUAAAGUAUAAUAAAAAUAAUUAGAAAAAUUAAGAAUAGGUAAUUUAAAAGAUUUAAGGUUUUAUGUUGAACAAUAAAUAUCUGAGUUAACUAAUAAGAAAAGUUUUAUUCCUAGAUAUAAAGAAAUUGAUAUUUUUCAGGAAAGAAGAAAUAUUGAGGAAGAUUAAUAAAGAGAUAAAAUACUUGAGAAUAAAAUUUUAAAAUUUACUCCUCCUUUAGAAACAAAAAAGAAAAUUGAUAAUAAUUUAGUUUUUGUAGGUUUAGACAAACUUGCACCAAGAUAGAUUAAAUUAAGUUCAUAUGAAUUUGAUGUAGAAAAUUAUGAUCCUGAAGAUGAUAUUAAUUAUGAAUUAGAAUAAUAACUAUUAGAUCAAAUAGAAGAAGAACUUAGACAAGGUAAAAGAACAGAUAAAAAUAUUACUGAUAAAGUUAGAAGACCAGAAAUAAAAAAAAAAAAAGGAGAUUAAGUAUAAGAAGUAUAAAAAAGAAAUUAAGAAUAAAUGGAAGAAAAAAGAAAUCAAUUAUUAGAAAAAUAAGAAAAAGAAUAAGAAAGAGUCAAUUUAAGAUAACUUUAAAAAUAAAGAAAUUUAAAAUAAAAAAUUAUAUCUAAUUUUAUGAGGUAAUAGGAUAAAAAAGAAAAUUAAAAUAGAAUAUAAUUAGUUGAUGAGUUGAAUAAUGAGUAAUUAUAGAAAAAAAUUGCAGAUAAAAAAAAGAAAGUGGUUUUAUUUCAAAAGAAUAAAUCAAAUUAACAAAAAUAAAAAUUUUAAAUUAAUCGAUAAUUAGAUGAUUAUGAUAUGAAUUUAAAUUAACUUUUAGAAGAUUAUUAAGAUGGAAUCAUAUCAGCUAAUGCAUUAGAAAAAGCAAUAUCAGAUGUACCAAUAAAUAUAGAAACUUAAAAAACUUCACCUUAAAAAGUGUAAUCAUCUGCCAAGAAAAAAUCAUCUAAAGUCUUAGUUUAAAAACAUUAAUAAGAACUUGUUAAUUUAGAAUAAAAACACAACUUAGAAUUAAGAAUGGUAUUAAUUUAUAUAAAUAAAGUUAAUUGAAAGAGAAGAACUUGCUGAAUUGAAUAGAUAAAAAUCAAUUAAUAAUGGUGUUACUUAAGAAAUAUUAGAAUUAUUCGAAAAAUAAAGAGAAGCUGCUAAAAAUAGAAUUUAGAAUACUUUAACUAAAUAAAAAAUGGAAAUAUAAAAUAAAUUAAGAUUAUAUUCUAAAUCUAGAUGA